AGCGCAGAUAUAAAAUAGCGUUCAAUUUCGUGUUUUCUUUUUAACAGGCGAAAGAACGGCUCCCUAUUCUGCCCCAAGCGGCUGUCGGCAUUGUUUUAUAGUCUAUCUAGUCCGUCCUCCUGAACUUGUUCUUAGGGGAAGUCGCAGUUUGCAUUAAAUCUAUCGGUGGAAAAACUGAGGAAAUGGACGGUCAGGCUUCAGUCAACCAGCCUCAACCCAAAAAUGGGCCGCAGUCAAAUCAAAAGAGAAAUGCCAGGAGAAAGCAGCCGCAGCAUUCUGCUGAUAUAGUGUUCACUAAAGGGACAUCUAUCCAGACCAUGCCCUCUCUCAGCAAACAGUUGAAGGGGGUCACAGAGUGUAUCAUUGGUCUUCAGUAUGUGUGGGAGUACCGCAGCCCAAGUAAAUCUGUCCCACCACACUACCAGUGCAAACUCUGUGCCGUCUCCCGCUUGCAGCAUGAUAUGCUUGCCCACGUGAAAGGCUGGAAACACAGCUUCAGAUACUUAAAAAAGGUCCACCCUGACAAGGUCACCUGUGAAGAGGAAGAGGCCAUCAGAGAGCCUACUGUAAGGAAGACAAUUAAAGAAGUUGCAGCUGGGGUGGAGAAGACAGAGGGGAGAGGUCAACUCAAGGUGAUUCUGAAGGAGCCCUGUGAAGUACCUGCUUUCAAAGGACUCCGUUCUGCUGCUCCUAAAGUAUUGCCUCCACCAGCACCAGGGAUGGGACUAAAGGGACCCUCACCCUUUGGUCCCAGGUUCUCUGACCAGAGGUUUCCAGGGGAGUUUCCUCCUCAGGAUGGUUUUCUCUCUGACUAUCCGGUCGGAGAGUAUGGGGAGCCUGGCUUCGGAGGCUACUCGACCAGGCAAGAUUUCGCUGUCUCUGGUAUGGAUCGAAGACCUUUCUCAGAUGGUAUGGGUCAUCGCCCAGCUGGAGAUGGUUUUGGACUGGGUGGUGGAAGAGAUAGCCAUGAAAGGAGUGGACUACUGGAGAAGAACCCAGGCAGAAUGUAUCCUGAUGAGUACCGGGGCAACCAAAUGGGGAGUAGCUUAAUGGACAGACCAAUGGACAAGCCACUGGAGAGGCCAGGCUUGAUGGGAGCAGCACCAGAAAGUAGCAGCCCUCCUAAUACACUACUUGCAUACCUGGAUUCUUUCCGGAUAGAGAACGAGAGUGAUGCACAGCUGGUGCUGAAGGUGACACAGAAACUAACAGAUGUGCUGAUGGAGUACAGACUGAGGAGCGUAUCGACGGGUUCUAGUCUGAACAGCUUUUCAAUGAGCUCCACAAGCUUCUCCUCCACACUGCCAAGCAGUAGCAACCGAUACUCAAGUAGUUUCUCAGGUCCAUCCAGGUACUCUGAUGCUCCACCCAGGUAUUACAAAUGACAAUCAGAAGAUGCGACACCUCAGUUUUCUCAUCCCAUCAGUCACGACUGUCCAGGAGUUGAAAACUUUGUUUUUGUGUAAAUGUAUAUGUUUUUAGGUAUAGUUUUUUUUUCUGUUGCUACCUAGUAGUCUUUUUUUUUGUUUUUGCCUUCUUUAGAAGAUUUAUAACUUGGGAAGUUUUACACAAAGUGACUUGUGCAUGUUUUCAGCAGCUUUAACUGAUCUUAAGUGUAUGACCAAGAAUUUCCCACGGUCCAGUUCUAUUAAACAAUGGAGAAAAUUA